AUGUUGAUCACUCAGGUAGCCCACAAAUCCUCUCCAACUAGGCGGAUCAAGUGCAUGCUGUCAAAUGUCAGGUCUUUUGUUGAAAAGAGCGAAGCUGUCAUUUCACUGUUAAUACGUGAGAGCUAUGAUUUGGUUUUUCUCUCGGAAUCUCGGUUAACUCCUAACAUUGAAGUGUGUAGUCUGCUAGGUGUUGCUAACUUUCAGAACACUCACCACAGAUGUGAUCGUGCCAGAAGAAAAGGAGAGGUGAAUCAGUACCCGAAGCUUAUGAGAUUAUUGUUAUUAAUGCAUACCUUAACCAUUCCACUGUCAUUAGUGCUAAUCUACAGGACACCAUCUUGUAAUGCCCUCAAGAUCAAUUUGCUUCUUAAAGCGAUAAGUGACUUCAGUUCUCACGAUGGUGCAACUCUCGUACUAGGUGACUUUAACAUGGCUGAUGCUAGCGUGUAUCAAAGUGAUGCAGGUAACUCUGUUUCUAAGGAGUUUGUCCAGACGCUGUACUCUCAUGAGUUUGUCCAGCUAGUACAUACCCCAACCCGAGGCAGCUCAAUCCUUGACCUGGUCUUCUGCAAUCGCCGCUUCCUAGUCUCAGGAGUCAAUGUUCAACCACUCAAUGGUACCAGUGACCAUGCCACUGUUCAGUUUUUACUUAACAUUGUCAAACCUGACCCACAAGUUGCAAUGGUUAGGGACUUCUCUCGAGUAGAUUGGCGGGCUGUCGAAGAUUACCUCGCAGGGCGGGCUGUCGGAGAUUACCUCGCAGGCUUGGACUGGAUUGCUUCCUUUGGUAGCGUUUGCUCAGUUAAUGAC